ACAUCGAACAUACUUGUGUACAUUGCACAAAAAUUUUGUGGAAGUAAAAUUAAAGAUUUAUUACUCAAACACAUUACUAAAUUAACUGAUUAAAAGCAACGAAACAAUUUAAGCUCAGAUAAAAACUUUAUUAACUAAAGCUUUAAAUGAAGAUGUUUAAAAUAAAAACACUCCAUACCAUUGACACGGAAUAUUCGGCCGAUUCCAUAGAAUGGUGUCCGCAUCCUGACUAUAACAAUUACUUUGUUUGUGGCACCUAUCAACUGGAAGAAAACAAAGAAGCGGAUUCUGCUGCACCACCACCAUGUCGACGCAAGGGUCGUAUAUUUCUAUACAAAUUUGAUCGUAUAACAAAAUCUCUAAAAGAAUUGGAUCGUUUAGAAACGGCAGCCAUACUCGAUAUGAAAUGGUUGAAGAAUAGUCAAAAUGAUUUGCCCCUUUUGGCCACCGCCAAUGCUUUGGGACAAAUUGAUGUUUAUGCUUUGGAUAAUGUCAAAUUAAAGCUACUGCACUCACUGGAUUUAAACUCGGACGAUGAUAAUCUAUUGGCUUUAUCUCUAGAUUGGGGUCAAAUUGAGAAAAAUAAUACAAAACAUAUUUUAGCUUCCGAUUCAAAAGGUGCCAUCAGUUUGUUAAGCUGGUCGGAUGAAAGAAAACUUACUAAUUUACGUACAUGGCCGGCACAUAAUUUUGAAGCUUGGAUAUGUGCCUUCGAUAAGUGGGAUAAAAAUCGUGUCUACACUGGUGGUGAUGAUACAUUUCUGCACGCCUACGAUUUACGCAUGGAAAGCAGAGUUUUACUCAACAAAUCCCAUAUGGCCGGUGUUACUUCUCUUCUAAGUCAUCCGAAGCGAGAACAUAUUCUAUUGACCGGCAGCUAUGAUGAAAAUUUACGCAUUUUUGAUACACGUGCCAUGAAACAACCGCUGGGUGAAAUUAAUCUAUCCGGUGGCAUAUGGCGUUUAAAAUCUCAUCCUUUAAACAAAGAUUUAAUAUUGGCUGCCUGUAUGUAUCAUAACUUUAGUGUGGUUGAGAUGGAUGAAGUGGCUGCACCGAAAUUAGUUGGUGAAUAUUACGAACACAAGAGUAUUUGUUAUGGAGCUGAUUGGUGUUUAAAUGCGGACGAAAAUGAAGAAACGCUCUAUAUGGCUACAUGUUCGUUUUAUGACCAUAAACUUUGUGUUGCCAGUUUGGAAAAAGAUUGAUUUUUAUAAAAAUUGUUUAAUAUUGUUCUUUUUUAAUAAAAAAUAUAUUAUGUAAUUUGUUAUAUUGUAUUUGCAAUUGAUAAAGUAUACUAAAU